AUGGUUCAAAUUCCACAAAAGUUGAUCGUUCAUUACCACCAUUGUUCUAUAGGAGGUGUUGGUGAAAUUUUUAUAGACUACUUAACCGUCCAACUGCUUUUUUUGAAAACUGUUUUAAAUUGUCCUUUCAUUCACCUAGUGGGGGAGGCACACCCCUUCAGCAGUUAUGGGUCUUACCCCUACGCCUUUAACACACUGGAGGGGAAUAUCCUUUUUGGAGCUGAAAUUAUCGAUUACAUGAAAAAUGUUUACCUAUUUGACUCGAUUGAAUAUGAACCCUACUUUGGAGUAGUAAACGAGUUGAAGGCAAUUUUGGAGUACUUCGUCUGGGUGGAUGAAGAGAUUUACAACAACUUUACAAAAAAGAUUUACAAAGAUAGGUUUUUCUAUUUGUAUUAUAUUUAUCUUACCAGAAGAUUAAGACGGGAAAACUACGAAAAGUGCCAAAUGGCUGGAUUGGAUAACCACAAUUUGAAUAUAACCAGGUUGAAGACAAUUUUAAGCAUAUUGGAAGAGGUCCUAUGCAGUGGCGACAAUUCCACUGGGGAAGGACGCGAUGUGUGCUACUUCGACUCCAUGUGCUUCUCCAUCCUUUCCAUACUUUACUCCCUUCCGUCGAAAUUCAACGAGGACCUGCACUGUGCGCUCCUCUCAAGGCCGAGCCUGAUCGAAUUUGUGAGGAACCUUAACCGACGAUACAGGGUAUGGGAAAAUGAAAAAUCUUUUCUGCAAGGGAUUUAG